AUGCCGGACGACCUGGCGGCAGCUUUUGCGGCAUUGUGGCGUCACUCGGCGCUGCCCCCGCUGAUGCAGGCCGGGGUGAUGGAGUCAGCGGGGGUGCUUCGGCACUAUGUGCUAUUGCAUGACGCAGCCAGCCAGGGGCCCGAGGUGUUAGUGGCGGCGCAAGAGAAGCUGCACCAGCUGGGCAGCACCCUGGGCACCAGUUGCCAGGUUCUCAGCAUCAACAGUGGCAGCGGCGGCGGCUCACCGGUGGGCCCCCGGCUCUGGGCCGACAUGCUGCACGGCUGCCUGCCGGAUGGUGGCGGCGGUGAGCCCGCAGAGCGCCCCCCGGUGCCGCCUGGCGGUCUGGGUGCCUGGCUGAGCGAGGCCGAUAUGUCUGGCCUGGCUGGCUUUGUACACGAGCUGGCGGUGCGCUCCAUCCUGCCGCACAUGGAGAUGCGGCUGCGGGCACUCAAUGUGCAGGUAACUGCCAACCGCAAAGGUCUGAAGAACCAGCUGAAGAGCUUGCUCUGGCGCAAGGGCGCUUUGGACAGUGCGUCCACCCCUGGCACACCCUCCGCCAGUGGCGGCGCUGCCGGCGCUGCCGGCGUCUCGUACGCCGGCGGCUCGGUGGAGAGCCACAUGCGCCAGCUGAGCGACCUGGCGCUUAUGCUGGGCGACUACGAUACUGCCUCCAGUACGCUUCGCCUGCUGGCCAGCGACACCAAGGCUGACCGCGCGUACAAGGCAUACGCAGGGGUGCAGGAGGCGCUGGGUGCGGCGGCGGUGCUGGCGGGGGCGCCGCCCUCUGAUGCCAUGGCCUCCUACAAAGAAGCGCUGCACCGCUACGCGCAGCUGAGCCAAGCCAAUCCGCGCAACCGGGAGGGUGCGCGGUAUGCCACGCG